AUGUGGCACACAAUGAUGAACGUAAUAAGGGACCCGGUAAAGAACCGUGGUCCUCUUUUCUUGGUUAUUUGGCUCGCUUGGGUUGUGGUUGGAUUUUUCUUUUAUUCCUACGCCCCCAAAAUGAACCUUGGCUGGAGGAGAGGAUGGUACAUGGCCAUCAAUAUCGGUUACUCGAUUGGUUUUGGUGAACCAGGAGAAGACUACGACCCUUAUCUCUGGUUUUCAACCAUCUACGUCCUGAUCGGUUCCAGUUUCAUCGGUGUGGCUUUGAGUUUCUUUGCUGACAAGAUUGGAGAAGAUCACGACAAUUGGUUCACGAACUUGGUCCAACAAAAGGCCUAUGAAGAGAGUAUCCGAAAUAGCAGGGACCCUUGGGUCCUCCUCAAAGCUAUUUAUGUGCAGUACGAGGCUAUCAUUCGUGCCAUAACAGUCUGGGUCAUUUGGAUUGGAAUCAUGAUUGUGUACUCCAUUUGGGGUCUUGGCUGGUCCUACGUCCAGGCCCAAUACUUUGCCAUUACCACGCUCAGUACAGGAGGUCACUGGGGUUUGCCCGUGUAUGCUCCAGAUUGGAUGUGGCCCCUCACGGCUUUCAUGGCUAUGCUGGGUGUUCCGUUAAUGGGUGUGGCCAUGGCACAGUUGGCUACACUCAUGGUGGAUCAAGGUGACAUCGAAGUCACCAAGAAAGAACUUGUGGAAGAUGUCACGGGUGAAGAGUUGCUCAUGUUGCGCAAGUUUGGACUGGAAAAUGGUGAUGGUGUGAUUGACAGUGCAGAAUACAUCAUUCUUUGUAUGGUGCGCAUGGGACAAGACCCCUCACUGAUUGAAUUCAUCUCGAAUCGAUUCAAGGAGUUGGAUGAUGAUGAUUCUGGAUAUCUGACCAUUGAAGAGAUCACAGGUGGAAAAUACUUCUUGAAGAAUGGACAGAUUGUGUCCAAGGUGGGUGGUGUUCUUGGAGUCAAAGGAGUGAAGCAAUUCAGCAUGGCAAAUCUGCAUGUGGAACUAAGCAGCAGCUCUGAGGGAGAUGACAAGGAAAAGGGUGGCUUGGAGGCAUGA